AUGACCUUCCUUCGCUCUGUCCUUUCUGAUCGUCUUACGAUUGCUCUGUUUCUCUCUCUCGCACUCUUCAAGGUCACUUUGCCAAGAGCCCCAGAUCGGGCCUAUUACUACUCAGCUGGCCUAAGAACGCUACAGUCAGCUAUUUACACUGCUAUCGGUGUAAAAUUACUCUUGGCGCUCAACAAGUGGAUCACACACCGAAGCAUCAACAACUUCAUUGACGACACGACUUGGGAUUGGCCUAAAGAGCUCGCUGUGAUAACUGGAGGAUCAAGCGGCAUUGGCGCAGAGACUGUACGGGGACUCAGCAAGCACAAUGUGAAAACGAUCAUUUUGGACAUCAACCCUCCAACGUCCAAACAGUUAAACGGGGUGACUUUCUACCAAGUAAAUCUGACAUCAACCUCCGCCAUAAUCGAAGCCGCAGCAAAAAUAAUAAAAGAACACGGACAUCCUUCCAUCCUAAUCAACAACGCGGGAACCGGCACAGCACAAACCAUCCUAAGCGAGAGUGAACCAGAGAGAAGACGGGUAUUCGAAGUCAAUAGCCUCUGCCACUUCACUCUAGUGCGCGAAUUCCUCCCAGCCAUGAUAGAGCGAAACCACGGCCACAUCGUAACAGUAGCGAGCACAGGGAGUUUCUACUCACAAGCCCAAAACGUAUCAUACGCAUGCUCCAAAGCCUCAGCCAUGGCCUUCCACGAGGGUCUUGGGCAAGAGAUCCGCGCGCGCUUCAACGCACCAAAGAUACGCACUUCCAUCAUCUACCCCGACUUUGUGCGCACGCCACUUGUCGAAGCGCUCACGAGCAAGGUCUCCGAGUUUCCCCUGAACGUUCUCGAGCCCGCGGAGGUGGCGGAGGAGAUUGUAGACAUUGUCUUGUCGACGUACAGUCACAGCCUCGUGCUGCCAAGGGACAUGACGUAUCUGUCUCUGCUCCGCGGCUUGCCGCUGUGGCUUCUGCGGAUUGUUCAGACUUUGGACCCGGACCCGUUGGCUCUUGCUAACCGCUGA